GGGAGGCUGUUAGGAAUGGUGGGAGUUGAAGUCCAGAACACUUGGAGGGCCCAAGUUGGCCUAUGCCUGCUCCAUAGCAUUGCAAGCGGUGUAGCGGCGCGGGCUCCUCCUCCACCUCCUCCUUCUCCUCAGCUCAGCCUACCUUCCGGGGCCCGCCCUUCGUGGAGGCUCAGCCUGCCUGCCUUCCUUUCCUGGGCCCUUUCCUUCGCCUCCAUGGAGGGGGCGGCGGGGCCCGGCGGGGCCUCUUCUCCCUCUCCUUCCCCGGCGGGGCUCGUCCUGGGCGUCGACGUGGGCAGCACCGUCCUCCGCUGCCAUGUCUACGACGCCGCGGCCGCGCUCAAGGGGUCCAGCGCCAAGCCGGUAGAAGUUCUUCGUCCUCAGCCAGGCUGGGUUGAAUUGAACCCUGACAGUCUAUGGACACUGUUUGUUGACGUGGUGAAAGAGGCAGUUCAAGUUGCAGGAAUUCAAAUGCAUCAGAUUGCUGCUCUUGGACUCUCAACGCAGCGAUCAACUUUCAUUACAUGGAACAAGAAGACAGGAAAACCUUUCCAUAACUUCAUCAGUUGGCAAGAUGUGAGAGCUGGGGAACUUACAAAAAUCUGGAACAGAUCUUUUUUAAUGAAAACAGUUCGUGGCAUUUCUUCACUGCUGCACUUUUUCACACGGAGCAGUCAGUUUUUGUUAGCAAGUUAUUUAUCGUUUACAACACAGCACAUCUCUUUAAGACUGGCUUGGAUUUUACAACAUAUAACUGAGGUAGAACAAGCUAUUAAAGAAGAUAAUUGUUGCUUUGGAACAAUUGACACAUGGCUACUAUAUAAGCUCACCAAAGGUUCAGUAUAUGCUACAGAAUAUUCAAAUGCAAGCUCCACUGGAUUUUUUGAUCCUACAAAGAUGCAGUGGAGCAUGUUCCUUAGCAAGUUACUUUCCAUUCCAGUAUCAAUUUUCCCACCAGUACAGGACACAAGUCACAACUUCGGAUCCGUUGAUGCUGAAAUAUUUGGAGCACCUAUUAAAAUAACAGCUUUGGUGGCAGACCAACAAGCAGCCAUGUUUGGAGAAUGUUGUUUUGAUGUUGGUGAUCUUAAGGUCACCAUGGGAACUGGUUCAUUUUGGGAUGUUAACACUGGAAGCAAAGUUCAUACAUCGAGGAAAGGUUUAUAUCCAUUGGUUGGUUGGAAGAUUGGAAAAGAGGUGAUCUACUUAGCUGAAGGCAAUGCCUCUGAUACUGGGAACGCUAUAAAAUGGGCUCAGAGUUUAGAUCUUUUUACCAGUGCUGAUGAGACAUCAAAAAUGGCACACAGCCUAGUAAAUUCAGGAGGAGUUUGUUUUGUUCCAUCAUUUAGUGGGUUACAGAUUCCAGUAAAUGACCCCUAUGCAUGUACUUCUUUUAUGGGGAUCACACCUUCCACCACCAAAAACCAUCUUGUUCGAGCUAUGCUGGAAUCUAUCGCUUUCAGAAACAAACAGCUCUAUGAUACCAUCACAAGAGAUGUGGGCAUAGAACCUACCUCCAUCCGAGCUGAUGGUGGAGUCAGUAAAAAUAAUUUUGUGAUGCAGAUGACUUCUGAUUUAACUAAUAAAACAAUAAGUAGACCUGCAAGUACAGACAUGUCUUGUCUUGGAGCAGCUUUUCUAGCAGGCCUUGCUGUAGGAUUCUGGAAUGACAAAGAACAGCUGAAGAAGUUAAUACGACCGGAUAUGGUUUUCAAACCACAAAAGGAGCCAGAGGAAUAUGAACCUGCCAUGAGUAACUGGAUAAAAGCUGUUCAGCGCUCUCUCUCGUGGUAUAGCCAGACAUCACCUUAAUGAGAUCAAUAUAAAAACUAUAGAUGAAUAUAUAUCUGAAAGGCUGGUUUGAAGAGCAAGCUCCAACACUAAUGCUGAUUCUGACUUGACUGUUUAGCAUUUGCUCUUCUGUAAAGUUACUCAAAAUGUACUAGCUGUUUUUCUGGAAUAGUAGUGACUAUGAUUCAGUUGUCCAGAAAUUGAAUGCUGGUGUUUCAUGUAUACCAAAGGGGUGGUUUUGUGUACAGACUAGAUGUGAUGACAAAGAUAUGUGAUUUCUGCUCGUUAUUUUUUUAAAAGCAAGCAAAACCUCAACUCAUUGAAAUCGAACUGUAUCAGUUUGCUUCUCCAUGAAAAACUUACGUAUUGGCAUCUGAGGGAGAAAACCUAAGCCGAGGUGCUUUCACACACCACGUUUGACCAAAGCAUCAAAAUUUUAAAUUGUUAAAGAAGAUUUAUUAGUUGAUGAUAAUCAUUUAUCAGAAAUUCUUAAAUUAAUUUAUGUUAAUUGCUGUUGUAGGAUAUAAACAUUUUAAUCCAGAAAUCAAUUAAAACACCAAAACGAGACAAAUAUGGCAGCACAUUUCUCAGAAUUACUUCAGAAGUAAAAAAUUUAACCAAUAUUUUUAAAAGGUCUAUAUUGUUGAUGUUAAUUACAAUAAAAAUAUUAAAAUCACUGUAAUGAAAGAGGUAAUUAAGUAGUAACUAACUAAUUUUAACUAUUUGUUUCAACUUCUUUAAGUUUGAUCAUGAAUCAAGAAAUUAUCUAGUUAGAAAGAACAUGGAAAAAAUAAUGUAGCUUUUUGUCUCUCUCAAGAUUUCAUCUAAUAUAAAAUGACCUCUGACUGACAUAGCCAUAUUUUGUACUAGUUUAUGCUUAUUUCCCCACAGAGUGUAUUUAACAGAAGGAAAACCCCUAAGUCCAUGUGGAUUAACCUCUUUAAGCUAAACAAAUGGAGAUAUAAGCAGACUGUUACUUCUCAAGCGGUGAUUGUCACUGUUUCCAAACUGAAGGUGUUCAAGCUGACCAUGUACAUUUCUUAUCUCAGGUCUCUAUACAAAAUAAGCAAGUAUAUUGGAAAUAGUAUUUGUGCCUAAAAUUGUAUCUUUAUUUAGAGUAUUUAUACCUCACUCCUUGGCCACAAAGGACCUCAGAGCAGUUUACAAAAAUAUUAAUUUGACACUAUAAAAUGAAGUGGGGCUGAAGAGGAAGUGAAGGUGGCUGCUGCUCUCUAACAUUUGCUAACUGGGGCAGUCUGUUUAAUUGUAGGGCUGGCUAUGAGUGCAAUAGCACACAACUUAAAUGGAUAGUAAAAAGAUUAGAAUAUCAACAUUGGGAAAUGUAUUUUUCUUCUUCUACAUAGUUAUUUUACAGCUGUGCUAAGUAGCUGUGAAAUGGCAUAGAUAUUUGGUCUCUGGUGUGAAGUUAUAUAUUCCAUCGACCUUUGGCCUUCCAGGUUGGUUAGUAGGGGUUUUUUGCCCUGCAUCUUCCAUUAUCCCUUGCCAUUUUAUCCAGUGGUGAUAGAGUAUGGGAGCUGACCCAAAAUCAUAUGGAGGGCCAUAGAUGCCCAUCCUUACUCUUGAAACACAACACUGCCUUAUAUAGAAACAGCAAAUCUAACUCAAUAUUGACUUAUAUUGACAGUGGCUUAGGAAUUUCAGCCAUGGGCUUCCCCCAGCAUUGUAUGGACAGGUAGAGGACCUUUCCUUAAUUUGUCUAUAUGUUGGGGAAGGAAUUGGGCAGCUUUGUAGGAUAAGACAAUAUUUUAGCAAAAAUCGCCUUCAGGCCAUAGCAGGCAUGGGCAAACUUUGGCCCCCCAGGUGUUUUGGACUUCAACUCCCACAAUUCCUAACAGCCUUAUGUCCUCCCCCCCCCCUGCUUUGGAGAAUAGGCAUUCCUUGGCUACAGGUCACUUCCUUCUGUUAAUGGUGCAAUCUGUGAAACUGAUAUUUUGCUGAAGAGAUAGGGUGGGAGGCUCCAGGUUAGGAUCAAUGAGAAAAUGUGGGUGGAGUAUAUGUUACAUCAUGUAGAUAAAACCUCAAUAAACUUCCAGGUCAUUAUUAUAAACCUCUAGUCCACAAUCAAAAGAUGCAGCCACAAUUAAGCAUAAUUAAAUGAUGUUGUUCUAGUACUAAAAUUUUAGAUUCUAGCAAAAAUUUAAAUACACAAUUCUGAUUUAUGCUGCCAUAUAUUACCAUAGCAGUGAUCCUCAAGGGUCUAGUUGGGGAGAGAGUUCAAAAUUAAUUUUUUCCAUGACAAUGUAUAUUUACUUCAUUUGGCUAAAGCCUGAACAUAAUUGAGGGAUCUAGUGAACGGUGUUUUCUUUUUGCAAUCACUGUUAUUCUCAUAUUGGUCUGUUAAGGAUGUUUACAUGUUUCUUAUAAUGGAGUAUUGUUGUUUCAAAUUUGUCUAUAUAUAUUUCAGAAAGACAAGAGCAUACUGUUUGUGCAAAACAGAACUAUGACAGUCUGAGUAACUUCUUUUUUAAUGCAGUCAGCCUAUGACAGAAUGUGUCUUGUAAAUGUUACUUAGCUCUAUAAGCUACAGCAGGCAUGGGCAAACUUUGGCACUCUAGGUGUUUUGGACUACAACUCCCACAAUUCCUAGCAGCCUCAGACCAUUUCCUUUCCCCCCUCAGCUGCUAAGCAUGAGGCUGUUAGGAACUGUGGGAGUUGUAGUCCAAAACACCUGGAGGGCCAAAGUUUGCCCAUGGCUGAACUACAGCCAAACACAUUUUUAAAUUCCGUUUAAAAUCUUACUGGACUUUUUUCAAUGAAAGGAAAUAGUGAUAACCAUAUUUCUGUUAGAGUUGCAACGUUAUGCAGUAUUUUGGACAUUAUGAACUAGCUAAGAACUGUAUCAGACACUACAUUUUGGAGGCACAUGUUCUAUAGACUGAAACAAGAAGAUGAAAUGCUAAACUGAAGUUGUUUUGUAUUCAACUUGUAAUUUCCUGUUAUAUGUAUAUAUUGAUACCUAAUCAGAGACAUAAAUACUAAGCUUGAAAUAACUUUAGAUUAUAUAGUGUGUGGCUUUUUCUGUGUAAUAAAUUGUUGCUGUCAGGCUUA